GAGAGAGGGAGACAUAGAGAGAGAGGGGGUAGUUGAAAUGCGCCUCACAUUCUUGUGUGGAGGGCGAAGCGAGCAGUCGUCCGCAGGGCAACGGCAUCGAGACUUACAACUGAAGCCGAAGGAAACCUUCUUCCAUCUGUGACUUUUCCUUUUCUUUUUUUUUUUUUUUAACUGCAGAGAUAAGGUUGUCGCAUCUUUCCUAGAGCGACGAGCCGUGGAAGUGCAUUUCUGCCUAAAGUUGAGUCUUCCGGAGUCUUUGAACCUUCCUCAGCACCGCGAGCGUUGGUCCGCGUCCUGCGGAGGCGCGCGAAGGAGCCGCAGCAGCUGCGGGAGUCAACGUUUACAACCUCUCGAUAAAAUGAUCCCGAGGUGAAACCGACGUCCCGUUUGUGUUCGUCCGUGCGGCCGUGAGGAGCUCGAUCUUCAGAACAAACUCGUGACUGUGAAGUAGAAAAUGUCUGCUGCUAACAUCAGCCUGCUGACCCUCCUCUUCCUCCUACCUUUGGUUUCCAGCCAACAGGUUCCCUCCAACUGUGUGACCAAGAGGGAGCAGGAGAAAUGCCUGGAGAUGAUGGCCUUGGAUUAUGACAAUCCAGAAUUUGACUGCCCGUGGUUCUGGGACAACCUGACGUGUUGGCAGCCGGCCCGGCUCGGUGACGUGGUCGAGGUCAACUGUCCCGAGCUCUUCUCUCAGCUGAUGAACGAGGAAGACUACGAGCCGGGGAAGGUGAGUCGCAACUGCACCGAGUUCGGCUGGUCGGAGACCUUCCCGCACUACGGCGACGCCUGCCUGAGCGAGGAGGGAAACAGCAGCCACACGGACACGUACUUCGUGUCGGUGAAGGCUCUGUACACCGUGGGCUACAGCACCUCUCUGGUGUCCCUCACCACGGCCAUGGUCAUCCUCUGCAGGUUCAGGAAGCUCCACUGUACCAGGAACUUCAUCCACAUGAACCUGUUUGUGUCGUUCAUGUUGAGAGCUAUUUCUGUCUUCAUCAAAGACGGCGUGUUGUACGCCAAGGAGGACAGCGAGCACUGCUUCAUACACACUCUGGAGUGUCGCGCCGUCAUGAUAUUCUUCCAUUACUGCGUCCUGUCCAACUACUUCUGGCUCUUCAUCGAGGGGCUCUACCUCUUCACUUUGCUGGUGGAGACCUUCUUCCCCGAGAAGAGAUACUUCUACUGGUACAUCAUCAUCGGCUGGGGAACCCCGACCGUGUGCGUGACCAUCUGGGCCGUGCUGAGGCUCCACUUCGACGACAUGGGGUGUUGGGACAUGAAUGACAACGCUGCCAUCUGGUGGGUGAUAAAGGGACCGGUUCUGGCGUCCAUCAUGGUCAACUUUGUGCUCUUCAUCGGCAUCAUCAUCAUCCUCGUGCAGAAGUUACAGUCCCCAGAUAUCGGCGGAAAUGAAUCCAGUAUUUACCUGAGGCUGGCUCGCUCCACGCUGCUGCUGAUUCCUCUGUUCGGGAUCCACUACACCGUGUUCGCCUUCUCCCCCGAGAACGUCAGCAAGAGGGAGCGUCUGGUGUUCGAGCUCGGCCUCGGGUCCUUCCAGGGCUUCGUGGUGGCCGUUCUCUACUGCUUCCUGAACGGAGAGUAUAUCCCUCAAGGUGCAAUCGGAGAUCAAGAGGAAAUGGCGCAGCUGGACGGUGAACAGGUACUUUGCUGUGGACCUGAAGCACCGGCACCCUUCGCUGGCGAGCAGUGGGGUGAACGGGGGGACGCAGCUGUCCAUCCUCAGCAAGAGCAGCUCGCAGAUCCGCAUGUCCAGCCUGCAGGCGGAGACGCCGGCCACCUGAGCGCCAGCGGCGGCGGCGGCGGCGAGGACGGGCCCAAACCCGCCCCGCCCACCCUCGUCCCGAUGACCAGCCUCACCAACCCCUUCCUCAACCCCUACCCCGACCCCUACCCCGACGACGACGCCAUGAUGGAGACACAGCUCAACUCCAGCGACCCGGAGCAGCCUCUCGUCUGAACGUCCUCCACCUCCUCCACCUCCUCCACACAUAAAAACGAAUCUCUGGAUCCCUGAACACCUUCUUCAUCCAGGAGCCUCGUCCUGAAUCUCUGUAAAUAUCCGUCGUGUUAGUGUCGCCGAGCAGAACCCGAGGGACCAGGUCUCCACCGAUCAUUCCAGUCUGUCUGAGGACGUCUCCUAGACUCGUGUUUUCCUCUUUAGAGUAGCUGCUGUGUCUUUGUUUGCAGAGACAGAACCGAGAAACCGAGACACUGCUCACCCCAUGAUGUACAUACUGGUUUUAGACACAAACACUAACCCUCUCUUAAUGUUUUAAUAUUUAGCUCGUGUAAAAAAAAAGACGUCUCCAGGGCGACCUCGUCUCCAAGGUGACGCGUUCACUGCCUGUGGGUGGAAAAUGUGUUUGUCUCCGCUGCUUCGGUUUGGACAUUUUUUUUUUUUUUUUUAUUAUCAUUAUUUUUUAAAUGUGUUUCGUGGCUGGAUCGACCCUUUAACAGAAACAGAAACAGUUCGACUGCCCCCCCCUUCCACUGAUCCACUGAUCCGCUCUCAUGUACAAAUAGUGACUGUGUGAAGUUUUACGGCGACUGAUUUGCACCAAUGUUACAGAUGUUGAAGACAGUAUUUAUCAGAGGGACGUAUUUUCUACAGUCGUGUUGAAUGCCAAAAAAAAAAAAAUAGUUUAAAGAAAGAUAAAGAACCUACACAUGCACCAGGGUUUGAUGCCGCCUCCAACACACACCUCAUUUUAAACCUCAGUCUCUUUGCAGAUCGGUGCGUCUGUGGUUUUAAAAACAGCCGCUAGUACAGAAAAUGUCAAUGCAUGAGGUCGCAUUUACCGUCGGUGUGCUUUUUGACAAGUUUAGUGUUUUCACUGGACGCUGAGUGAAAUGUCUCAGUGUUUAUUGAGACGCUGCUGAGGCAGAAACAGCAGAAAUCCUGUUUUUUUUUUUUUAAAGCCUCAGCAGCAGGAAGUUCCUGGUCUAAAUGAAGAUGUAGAUCAGAAACAUCACAGCACUUCACCUUUUUGUUUUAGGGAUAAAACGUUUUGAGAAUUCUUAGCGUCUCCGGCGAAGCUUAAAAGACGAGUGCGCUGAGACGGAUGCGACUUUUCUUUUUCUUAACUCGGUCGGGGUGAUUGUCUCUUUUCGAAGACGAGCUCUGUUUCUGUUUUUCCUCUUGCACGGCUGUACCUGUUUGCAAAGGCUGAGCGAGCUUUGCGACUGAUGUCACCGCAGAUUUCUAAUCCCCCGACUUUGUGUCUCCAGAAGUGCCUUUAAAGCACAAACACAAGUAUUUUCACUUCUGUUGAUCAUUUAAAGCAAGAUAAAAAAAAAAAAAAUAGAUUUGUCUUUUAAUUUCAAAACAAAACUGCAAAGCAAAGAAAAAUAAGGGUUGAACAAAGUGCUUUUAUGAUGCUUAAGACUAAAUCAGAACCUGGAGGCCUUCAAAGAACAUACGACCGAUUUAGUGUUUGUCAGUGAGUCAGAACUCAACAGGACACGUUUUCAUUUCCUUGAUUUUAAAGGCACUUUUUUUCUCUAAUAAAUGGGAAAUUACUGGACUCGUGAA